CGCUUCCAAGUUCUGCCACUUGAAGCGCAGCUGAACACUGAGCAUCGCUGGAGUUGGAGAGGUGAGCGGCUAUCUCAUGUGGGCGGCUCUACGAUCACGACUCCUGCAACCGUCUCCUCCAUCUCUUCUCAAUCAGCAAUGGAAGCUAGGGUUUGCAGGGCUGGGGCGCUGCCUCUCCACCUCGGGCGCUGAAAGCGUCGGCGACAGGGGGUUGCUGGACCUGCAGGAGGUGGAGAAGGUGCUGAGCGACGUCAAGGCAGAUGACGUGAGGGUGAUACCGGCUGGGAAGCACUUCGACUGGGCCGAUUACAUGGUGGUGGCCACCGGCAGGUCUACAUGGCACGUCAAGAACAUCGCCCAGGCCCUGAUUUAUAAGGCCAAGCAAAAGCAGAAAGGAGCUCGGCACAUAAUACUACCGAGUGUGGAGGGUCAAGACAGUGGCAAGUGGAUCGUUGUCGACUCAGGCAAAGUAAUAGUUCAUGCCCUUGACGAGAAGGCUAGAGCUUACUAUGACUUGGAAAAUCUUUGGACAGCCGAGCCCCCACAAAAGGAAUCAAAACAGGAUUUGGAUAAAGCUUUUGUGAAGAUUCGGCCCAAGAACAACUCCAAGAAACCAGCUAAAAUCUCCACUUAAGAUCUUCUGGUUCUGCCCGUGAAAGAAGUAAACACUGGCUGGCUUGUUCAAGCCUUUGUACAAUAUGUAACUUGACAAGGUCUUGGCCCGAAUUAUCAUCCUCUGUUUCAUUUCUUCCUAAAAUCUACGGGUUUUUCAGUUUUUGUUCGUUCCUUAAGGGAUCCUAGAGAAUGAUUUUGUCAAUUGUGAUUUCCUAAGAAUGAAUAAUCAUGAGAAGGUUUUGAUGCAAUCUUCUCAGUGCUUGGAAAAGUUUCCUGCUAUCAACCUUCUCGGGAAAUCAAUACACUUUUGAAUUCUUGAUUUACAUCAUAGAAUUUAUGUUUCCACUCUGCAAUGAAUUAAUGAAUUGCUUA